AUGAGCCAGAGAACCAAUGGACGCAACAUACCGAACAACAAUGGCAGCAGCAGCCAGACAACCAAUGGACACAACAGACGGAACAUCAAUGGCAGCAGCAGCCAGACAACCAAUGGACACAACAUACCGAACAUCAAUAGCAGCAUGAGCCACAUAACCAAUGGACGCAAGGGACCGAAUACUGACCGUAGGAAGAGCCACAUAACCAAUGACAGGGUUUCACCGAUUUCUACUACUCACAACCGUUUUCCUUCUUAUCUUAAGCGUUCUGUGUUCAAGUCUUGUUUGGGGUCUAAUGAUACCAACCUCGUCAAACCUCCCAUCAUCAAUGGCGAUCCUCCUCCUCACCCAGCCACUUCUUUUCGCAAUUUUGGUAGUAAAGAGGAGACAUUUUUUGACUCACAGGCAUGGUUAGAAUCUGAUUGUGACGAUGAUUUCAUGAGUGUUAAUGGUGAAUUUACCCCAUCAAAUUCAAGAGGCAAUACUCCUGUCCACCAUAAGUUCUCUAAUAAACAUGAAGCAUCUCCAAAUGGCUCUGAAAAGAAAAUGAGACUUUCUGAUCUUUUUAAAGACAGUCUAAGAGGCAACUACGAAUUUGAAAAGGACGAUGAAGAAGAAGCAGUUAACAAAAACGGGAAAGUAGUGGAAAGUCCAAUUGUCCAGGGUGAUAAUGUUAAUGCUUAUGGUUUGAAGACAAAGAGGAUGCAGGGUUGUUUUCCAAGUUUGCUUUACACUCGUAGCUCAUCAAAGAAGAUGAUGAGCCCUAACCCUAACCCUAACCCUAACCCUGUUGUGGGGUGAAUGUGAUGAGGUGCCCAUUGGGUCAUAUGUAUAAUGUAUAGUAACAAAUGAAUAUGUGUAAAAAGCCAAGUAACUUGUCUUGGGGUCGAAUAUUGAAGAUAUACACCAAGUAUAUGUUUUUUUUUUUCAAGAGGUUUCAAGAU